AUGGCGCUGGGGGGCCCUUUCCUUAACGGUGCCACCAGCUCGCAGCUCACCAUCAACACGGCCAUCGUGUACAUGCACCGCUUCUACAUGGUGCAGUCCUUCACGCAGUUCCACCGCAACUCGGUGGCGCCGGCCGCUCUCUUCCUGGCAGCCAAGGUGGAGGAGCAGCCUCGGAAGCUGGAGCACGUCAUCAAGGUGGCCCACGCGUGUCUGCACCCGCUGGAGACGCUGCUGGACACGCGGAGCGAGGCUUACCUGCAGCAAGCCCAGGACCUGGUCAUUCUAGAGAGCAUCAUCCUGCAGACCCUGGGCUUUGAGAUCACCAUUGACCACCCGCACACCCACGUGGUGAAGUGCACGCAGCUCGUGCGAGCCAGCAAGGACUUGGCACAAACUUCCUAUUUCAUGGCUACUAACAGCCUGCACCUGACCACCUUCAGCCUGCAGUACACGCCUCCCGUGGUGGCCUGCGUCUGUAUCCACCUGGCUUGUAAGUGGUCCAACUGGGAGAUCCCAGUCUCCACGGACGGGAAGCACUGGUGGGAAUACGUUGAUGGCACUGUAACUCUGGAGCUCUUAGAUGAACUGACCCAUGAAUUCCUGCAGAUCCUUGAGAAAACUCCCAACCGGCUCAAGCGGAUCCGGAACUGGCGGGCUUCUCAAGCAGCCCAGAAGUCGAAGGCUGACGAGCACGGCGAGGACGAGAGCCUCUCGGAGCAGACCAUCCUCAACAUGAUCUCCAGGAACAACAGCUCCGACAUGAACAUCGCGGGUCUCAUGAGCAUGUCCACGUCCUCGCAGGACGGCGCCGGGUACCCGAAGCCGAGCGGCAAGAACGCGCCGGCGGCCAAGGUCUCGCUCAAGGAGUACCGGGCCAAGCACGCCGAGGAGCUGGCGGCGCAGAAGCGCCAGCUGGAGAACAUGGAGGCCAACGUGCGCUCGCAGUACGCGUACGCGGCGCAGAACCUGCUGGUGCAGCAGCAGCGCGAGAGGGAGGUGCAGCAGGACAGCAACCCCUCCGCCAUCAUCCUGAAAAUCCCCAUGGGCGGCCCAGAGAGCGCCGAGCGCCCCGUCCCCGACAAGGGCGACAAGGCCUCGGCUCUGAAGCUGAGGAUCCCGGUGGCCGGCGGCGCUGCGGAGAGGCCGCUCUCCUCCAAGCAGGACGAGAUAAAGAUGCGGAUCAAGGUGCCGACCGGGGCGGAGCGGCACGGCUCCUCGGACGAGAGCGGCAGCAAAGCCCGCGAGCACAAGGAGAAGCACAAGGGCCACUCGUCCAACCACCUCCACCACCACCACAACCCCGCCGCGCUCUCCCUGCCGCCCGCCAAGGGCCGGGCCGCCCACGGCAAACUGGACAAGGGCCCCGCGGGGGCCAACGGGCACAACGCGAGCCAGGCCAGUGACUACCAGGACACGGUGAACAUGUUGCACUCGCUGCUGAGCGCGCAGGGCAUGCAGCCCAGCGCCGGCCCGGCCUUCGAGUUCCACUCCUACGGCGAGUACUUGAACCCCCGGGCGGCCGCGGGCUCCCGCAGCGCCAACACGGACAAACCCCGGCCGCCCCCGCUGCCCUCGGAACCGCCGCCGCCGCUGCCCCCGCUCCCCAAGUAACAGCCCUUUUUACUACUGAGUUUGUACAGCCGAGCCU